AACAGGGUGGCCACGGAUGUCCAUACAGUAAUCUCCAUUUUGAAUGUUUUUAUGGUUUAUGGUUUUAUGGCACGCCUCUUUUCUCAUGGCCAAAAUGAGUAAAUUGGAUACCCCGAUGGUGUUAUGAAUUCUGACUAUAACACUGGACGAUAUCUGGCCUGCGAUAUUUUCACGCAGUUUGCGAUUUCUCCUGCUUUUGUGACGCGACCUCGGACUUGUAUCAACGGUGAAGGCUUUCAUGUUAUUGCUAAUCACUAACAGCAGAAACCUCUAAUCAAAACAAUGUCAUAUGAUGCAACAAAUCAAAACAGGAGCGUAAAUAUCAAACGUAAUGCGAGAUGGAUCAAGGAGGACUUAAGAAAAGUACAAAGAGAGAUGAGUGUUUGAAUACAUUGGAUUACAGUGACAGCCCAGCUCAGGGGAUUUUGUGAAGCGGAAUACAAAGUGCCAUGUCUGUCGCCCCAACCUCCAUGGUUUCUCAACCCAAUCCAUUAAUGCAGCCAGUUUCAGGGGACCUUCCUAAUGGCCUGAGCAAUUCGCCCACUCUGAAGGAGCACACCACCUCUGUAUCCUCCACACUCGGUUUCUUUAUGGAGGAUUCAGAACUCAAAAUGGGGAAGGACCAGAGGGCCCAUCAAAACCAGACUCUGGCCCCUUUCACUCUGGGGGACAACUUCUCAGGUCUGGAGGCAAGCAUUGCAAACCUCAAUAGCAUCUCCCCUUCAAUGGACUCCCUGAUUGGUGGAGUGGAUCCCAGUCUCUUUCCUUUAAAAACAGAGGACUUCUCUCCCAUGGAUAAAGCCGAUAUGGACCUUGACCAAGAUUCCUUCGGGCCCAUCAGUAAGGAUGUUGACGUUGGUAAUAAGCUCUUUAGUGACAACACUCUGGACCUCCUGCAGGACUUUGAGUUAGAAUGCUCACCCUCUGAUUUCUACAUGGGAGAUGAUGCGUUCCUCUCCACCAUUGGUGAUGAUGCUCUGCUUGGAGACUUGCCAACAAAUUCAGAGAGGGACUCGAAGCUGGUGCUCUCAGUGAGCAGCACUGCCAAUGGCACAACCGACUCCAGCCCAUCCAGCACCAACAUUGUCAUCAUCAGCUCACCCACUGUAAAGGUGGAGAAAGACUCCAUAAUCCAGCUGUGUACUCCUGGGGUCAUCAAACAGGAGAACAGUGGGACUAACUACUGUCAGACAAGUCUCCAUAGCACACCCAUUUCCAUUUGCGAUGUCACCACUUCAAGUGGACAGAGCUCACUCUUUGGAACCAGCUCAUCCAUGGCUAGUGUCAGUCAGCAAAAAGAUCAGAAGCCUGUCUUCAGUGUGUACACCCCUCUGGCCUCUUCAGAAGUUGGUUGGAGCAGGGGGCAGGGCUAUGGAAAUGCAAAUGGCAUUUCCAAAGCUUUCACAAACUCCUAUGCCAGUCUUGCAGUGAGACCUGAAAAUCAUACUGCCACACCCUCAACUGUAGGAAAGUCUGGCACCGCCACACACAAGAUCUGUUUGGUGUGCUCCGAUGAAGCUUCAGGCUGCCAUUAUGGAGUCCUCACCUGUGGAAGCUGCAAGGUCUUCUUUAAGAGAGCAGUUGAAGGGCAACACAAUUAUCUGUGUGCUGGAAGGAACGAUUGCAUCAUUGACAAAAUCCGCCGGAAGAACUGCCCUGCUUGUCGUUUCCGCAAAUGUCUCAUGGCAGGCAUGAACCUGGAGGCCCGUAAGACCAAGAAAGGCCGUCAGCUUAGCAAGGUAGUUUAUCAGGAAACGGUUCCUGAGCAUAAACUCCCUCCACUGCCCGAAGCCCGGGCACUGGUGCCCAAACCCAUGCCUCAGCUAGUGCCUACCAUGUUGUCUCUACUGAAGGCCAUCGAGCCAGACACCAUCUACGCAGGAUAUGACAGCACCCUACCUGACACUUCCACCCGCCUUAUGACCACUCUGAACAGACUGGGUGGCCGGCAAGUCAUCUCCGCUGUCAAAUGGGCCAAAGCUCUGCCAGGCUUCAGAAACCUUCACCUGGAUGAUCAGAUGACCCUCCUGCAGUGCUCCUGGCUGUUUCUCAUGUCUUUUGGUUUAGGCUGGAGAUCAUACCAGCAGUGUAAUGGAAAUGUGUUGUGUUUUGCUCCAGACCUGGUGAUUAAUCAAGAGAGGAUGAAGCUGCCGUACAUGACUGAUCAGUGUGAACAGAUGCUGAAGAUCUCCAGUGAGUUUGUCAGGCUGCAAGUUUCAAAUGAGGAGUACCUGUGCAUGAAAGUCCUUCUGCUGCUGAGCACAGUGCCAAAGGAUGGUUUGAAGAGCCAGUCAGUGUUUGAUGAGCUACGAAUGUCCUACAUUAAAGAAUUGGGCAAGGCCAUUGUGAAGAGAGAGGAGAACUCCAGCCAGAACUGGCAAAGAUUCUAUCAGCUAACUAAGCUACUGGACUCCAUGCAUGAUAUGGUGGGUGGACUCCUGAACUUCUGUUUCUACACAUUUGUAAAUAAAUCCCUGAGUGUGGAGUUUCCCGAAAUGCUUGCAGAGAUCAUCAGCAACCAGUUACCAAAAUUCAAAGCUGGGAGUGUCAAACCGCUGCUCUUUCACCAGAAGUGACAUUUCUCCCAGCAGCAGGACAUGAUGCCUUAAAUGCCCACCCUGUUCUCUCUCUCCACCCGUGACAGCAGACUGAAGGAGGUAGUGCAGUGUGCACUGCUGCACGGGGAGAGUGAGGGGCAGGGACUGUAUGCAACCCAGCACAGAGCUCCAUUACUGAUAAGAAAAAAGUGGAGUGAGAGGAAGAGACGGGUAAUUAAACAGAGGUUCUAAAAAGCUAAUGACAUAACCAUGAAUCUUAUGUAUAGUAACCGAUUGUCCCAUAUACACCGAUCAGCCACAACAUUAAAAACACCUGCCUAAUAUUGUGUAGGUCCCACACGUUCUGCCAAAACAGUGCCAACCCACUUCUCAGAAUAGCAAUGUUUUGAAAAGUGAAAGUGUACUAUAUAGUCUACUGUAAGUGCUGUGGUGCUACAUCUGCUCGAAAAAUUAAAGAUGUGUGAAACAUAUAGUGACCUUAGAGAAUUAGCUUUCUUCUACUAAUUGUUUAUACUGGGAGUCAAAAACCUGAGACGACAUACACCGAUAAGCCACAACAUUAAAACCACCUGCCUAAUAUUGUGUAGGUCCCUUUCAUGCUGCCAAAACAGCGCCAACCCGCAACCCGAGAUGCUUUACUUCUCACCACUAUUGUACAGAGUGGUUAUCUGAGUUACCGUACACUUUGUCAGUUCGAAAUAGUCUGGCCAUUCUCUGUUGACCUCUCUCAUCAACAAGACAUUUCCAUCCGCAGAACUGCCACUCACUGGAUGUUUUUUGUUUUUGGCAUAAAUUCUAGAGACUGUUGUGCAUGAAAAUCCCAGAAGAUCAGCAGUUACAGAAAUACUCAAACUAGCCCAUCUGGCACCAACAGUCAUGCCACGGUUUAAAUCAUUGGGAUCACAUUUUUUCCCCAUUCUGAUGGUUGAUGUGAACAUUAACUGAAGCUCCUGACCUGUAUCUGCUUGAUUUUAUGCACUGCACUGCUGCCACACGAUUGGCUGAUUAGAUAGUUGGUGCCAGAUGGGCUGGUUUGAGUAUUUCUGUAACUGCUGAUCUCCUGGGAUUUUCAUGCACAACAGUUUUGGCAGCAUGAAGGGGACCUACACAAUAUUAGGCAGGCGGUUUUAAUGUUGUGGCUGAUCGGUGUAUGUCGUCUCAGGUUUUUGACUCCCAGUAUAAACAAUUAGUAGAAGCUAAUUCUCUAAGGUCACUAUAUGUUUCACACGUCUUUAAUUUUUUGAGCAGAUGUAGCACCACAGCACUUACAGUAGACUAUAUAGUACACUUUCACUUUUCAAAACAUGAUCUUUUAUGUCAAUCAAAAUAGACUUUGAACUUCAACUGAUAAAAGUAUAAAAUAAUCAUUUAAAUAAAAUGAACAGUAAUAAUGGCUUUAGCUUGGUUUGAAAAUCAAAUACAUUUUGUAUAACAGCAUAUCUUUACUGUUUUAAAAUUCAUGUCGCUGACUGCUAACAGAAUUACAUCCAUGUACAGAAAAGGGAAAAUGUGCCUUUUUUAGCUUAUUUUAAGCCGUUUUAUUUACCUGUCCACACCAGACAUUUUGCAUCAGCUGUGUUAGGACUUCAUAGUUGAUUGUACUUUUAUACCCAAUUGCACUUGUAAUUUUACAAAUUGUUGUGUUUAUUUUUGGCAGCUCAGUGAUCUGUUGUGUGAACUAAAAAAAUUAUCCUUAUUGAUAUGGCAUAGAGAUAAGGAGUCUGACGAUCGACAUACUUUUUAUGUUGGUUGGACGUCAGUCGAGAAAUGCAACUUGAGCACUUUCACUCCUUUUAAAUGCUUUAAAAAAGCUGGUUUAAGUUUGAUCUGCAGAAAUAUACUAUGUGUAUUAGAGUAUAAGAAAGCCAUUUCUUUAUUAAUUUUCACCUCACAUAGGAAGUAUGCAAUGUAAAUCAUGAGUCGACAGUUUUGUUCAUGUUUUCGUGUGUCUUUGUUCCUUCGCUGUUGCUGGCUUACAAAAUAAUGCUGCAUUACACAACCAAAACAGUGGAUGCAGAUUACAUUACAUAUAACACUCUGGUUCAAUAAAGAUGAACGUUUUUUUUGUCAAUGGUAAGGAAUAGAAAACAGUACAAUCUAACAUAGCUACACCAAACAUCAGUACCUCUCAAACACUAGAUUGUUUCUAGUGUAGCAGUGUACAUGUUUUUUAAUCCAUUAAACUAACUUUGUUUUUUCUUUCCGAGUGCUGACGAUCUUUGUUGGUUUAAUCAGUCAUACUGCAGGGUUCACUCUCUGGGAAUUUCUACUCACCUGUAAUGUUGCAAUCUGUUAUUUCUGUGCCAAACAUAUUUUGAUUUGAUUUGUACAAUCUCAAACUCUGCUUGUCUUAACAUGUGUCAAAGUUAUAUAUUGGAGAGGGGUUAAAAAAAAAAAAUUUUUUUUAUUAUUUCUUCUGUGGAAGCAUAAUACAAUAUGUUCAAUACAUAGAUGAUAUCACCAGCUUUAACCUGCUUAGCAUUGCAUUGUGUGGUACAGAUAUAGAGAUCAACAGUUAUUCUCAAAUUCUAAUCAGUAUCCGGGCAGCACUUUUCACACUUUGCUCUUCCGUACCUACAGAUAUAUAUGAUACAAAUAAACAGAUGUAUUUACAUAAA